CGAGAUUGGCGAAAGGCAGGGAAAGCUCUGGCCGCGCGUUUUUUCUUUGGGGCAAGGCCUCCUUGUCUGUCUUGCUUGCUCCUUCUCCCUGCGCGCGCCAUUCCAUCUUCACAUUUCACACUUGCACUCUCCAACCACGGCCAUUCCAGCCUCCUUCCUGCUCUUCUCCUCUUCUUCCAUUCACGCGCUGCGCCUUCUCUCGUUGGGUUCAUCGUGAAAGUCGCCCUCCGUCCGCCUUCUCCCCCCUCGCUCGCUGCAUCCCCAACACAUUCAUCCAUCGACACGAAUUGCUUAGCUCGAGCUCUUCGACUCUUGUAAUUUGCGCCCAGCAGUCUUAUUGACCUCACGACCCACGCCCGCAAUGGCCGCACGAUUCCUCCUCCCCGCCCUGGCCCUCGCCGGCUCAGCGGUUGCUGCAACUUGCAGCGGCACCACCACCAUCACCAACCAAGCCCAAGCAACCCAGCUGUCCUCUUGCCAGCAGUGGACGGGCGACAUUGUCAUUGCCGGCUCCGCCGCCGGGGAAAUCGACCUCAACGGCCUCCAGCGGAUAGAUGGCUCCCUCAUCGCCAAGAACAUUGGAAAGUUGACCACCUUCACCGCCGACAGCCUUUCCACCAUCUCCGACACCUUCCAGAUGAUCGAUGUCACCGCCUUGACCACCCUGACCUUCCCCUCGCUUGUGGCGGUGGACACCAUCAACUGGCAGGGCUUGUCCAGUCUGCAGGGAUUGCAAUUCACGCAAUCGGUGCAAAAGGCUACGAAUGUGCAAAUCGUCAACACCCAGCUCUCGUCGCUGGAUGGCAUCGACCUCAACGAGGCCGCCAUCCUCAUUCUCGCCGACAACACUUUCCUCAACUCGGUGAACAUGAAGCUCACCAACGUCACCAACGCUCUGGGGUUCGCCAACAACGGGCCUCAACUGGAAAUUUCCCUGCCCAAUUUGAAGGCCGCCAACAACGUUGCCUUCCGAAACGUCUCGUCCGUCAGCAUUCCUUCUCUCUCCCAAGUGACCGGCUCGCUGGGUUUCUACAGCAGCUACUUCACCACCCUCUCGGCUGCCAACCUCAGCACCGUCGCCAUGACCUUGGCCGUCGUGGGCAACCCGCAUUUGACCUCCGCCAGCUUCCCCCUGCUCACCGCUGUUGGCGGUGGUGUUCAGAUUGCCAACAACACCGCCCUCACCAACGUCGACGGAUUCAAGAAGCUUUCCAAGGUCUUUGGUGCGGUUGACAUGUUCGGCACGUUCACGAGUGUAGCAUUGCCCGCCCUGAACUACGUCAAGGGCGCCUUCUACCUCCUCUCGUCGGGCGACCUCGGCAACUCCUGCACCCGCUUUGAUAGCCUCCACAGCAGCUCGGCUAUCCGUGGGUCAUACGAGUGCCAGGGCGGCCAAGCCGGUGCCUCCACCAAGGGCGGAUCCGAUGGCAACAGCACCAGCGGCGGCAGCAGCAGCAGCAGCAGCAGCGGUCACUCUGGCGCCACCUCGCUCAUCAUCCCAUACACGACCGGCUUCAUCGGCGUGGUGGCAGCCAUCUUUGGCAUGCUUUAAGAGACGCAAACGCGUGCACGUUUUGAGCGAGUUAUGGCUGUAUUUUCUACAGUGCGAUUGCAACUGCGGCGGCGUUACCCAUCUUCUGCCUUUCCUCGCGUGUGUGCACUUUGGGGUCCCGGCCGCGCGAGAGCCUGUCCGUUCCGCCUCUGUCCCUCCUUUCGAACAUGCAUCUGGGGCGCAUGUUGUUUUGAUAGUUUGAACCGGUUUGCAGCAGGGCACAAAAGGAAGGAUGAGGGGGAGGGCUUAUGCACAGACUAAUCACCGAAUUCAAUCAUUCCAUAC